AUGAGUGCUAUGCACAUUUACAAGACCAAACGAUAUAAACCGGAAGUCUUCGCCGAAACCAUAGCAAGUAAAUACCAGUACGGCAUGCCUAAAGCCAACGUUCUCACACCAGCAGAGAGGUUCGUUUUCGUGGGAGACCGUGCCUCCAUUCGGGAUCGUGUGGGAUUGUCUGUGUUCACGAGGGUCACCCGAUAUGCCGAGGAACAACAACCUACCCAAAGAAAACAAACGCACUCCAACCCCAACAUCAACUGA